AUGUAGUUAUUACUACAGCAGCCCCCGUGAACUCCUUACAGAACUCAUCUCCUUCUCAAGCUACUCUCUUCUUCGUCUUUGUCGUCGGUAAUCUUCAUGUCAUCGAAGUCAGCUGCUGCCGGAAUGUCUAAGGCGUCGUUUGCCGGAACUCGUUUCCAGCUCUCUCCAUCAUCGGUUCUCAAAAUCGAGAAGGGAGACAUCACGCUGUGGUUUGUCGAUGGGUCCUCUGAUGCUAUUGUUAAUUCAGUAAAUGAGCGAAUGCUUGGAGGGGGAGGUGCUGAUGGGGCCAUACAUAGAGCUGCAGGACCUGAACUCAAAGAAGCAUGCUAUAAAGUCCCAGAAGUUCGGCCUGGUGUCCGCUGCCCUACAGGAGAAGCAAGGAUUACCCCAGGUUUUAAGUUGCCAGUAUCUCAUGUGAUUCACACUGUUGGCCCUAUCUAUGAUGUUGAUCCAAACCCUAAAGCCUCCUUGACUAGUGCAUACAGGAACAGCUUAGCUGUGGCCAAAGACAACAAGAUUCAAUACGUUGCAUUUCCUGCCAUAUCUUGUGGUGCUUAUGGUUAUCCUUAUGAGGAAGCUGCCUCAGUUGCGAUAUCUACAAUCAAAGAGUUUGCAAAUGGCAUUAAAGAGGUGCAUUUUGUUCUGUUUUUUGACGAGAUUUAUGAAGUUUGGUUGAAGAAGGCGAAGGAAUUACUCAAAGUUUAGCAUGGACUUGUUGCCUCUUUUCAUCACUAUGUUGCAAACAUGUAGAGCCGUUCAACAACAGCUGUGGGACUUCUUAUCAUUAUUAUAUUAUUAUGGGUCUGUAUCCAUAUUUCGAUGGGAAUUGACUAGUUUAUUAAUAAAUGUUGAUAUAUCGGUAAGCGAAUGGUUUCUAUCUGUGGUGUAAUUAAAUUUGCUCAUAUGAGUCUUAAAAGGAUUGAUGAAAUUAGUGGAUUUAUGAUUGUCAUAA